GCCAGAACAGUGUUGCAACACAGCUGUCACUUUGCAGCCAUGGGUCAAGAAAAUUCCAAAGUCACCCAGGAUCACCCAGUGCGAAUGGUGCCAACCACCACGACCGUGAACAAAGCGGGGCUACAGUCGAAGUGGUGGAACUUGCAGGUUUCAGGAGCUGCGCCGGCUCCAGCGUGCUUGGAAGGCUAUGGUCGCCAGUAUGCAGCGCUGUUCGAGCGCCACUGUGGUGAACAUCGAAAGGAUCAUCAGAGGUGUAUGAGAAAGGGGAAAUUCGACCCGCUGGAUAUGAAGACAUGGUAUCCAGUCUGUGGUGAACCUUAUGAGGUGGAAACCGCCUGUGCGGUGAGUCUCCUAAAGGAGGUGGACGUGCGGUGCCGCGCGCAAUUGGACAGUGCGGCAGAUGCUGUGGGUCAUGGACAGGCCCCGAAUCCAAAGCUGACAAAGCAGUUGGAAAGCGUUGGGCAAUGUAUGGCCCAGCUUGGAGCUGACAAGCACCUGAAGUUGACCGUGGACACUGCCCAGGCCAAAGAGAGGUUCAGACUCAGCAAGCAGCUGCUGGCGAGAUGAUCCUGAAGGAGAGCAUCGCGGAACAGGAGCUGAUUUGCGGUGAGGAAAA